AAUUGCUUAUGUUUUAUCAUCAUUGGAAAUGUAGUUUCCACCAUCUUGAUGUUCUUUAGCAAGAGGGACUUGUAGGCUCCGUUAUGAGUUCUUUGAAACUACAGAAGAGGCUUGCAGCCUCUGUUAUGCGAUGUGGUAAAAAGAAGGUUUGGUUGGAUCCGAAUGAAAUCAAUGAAAUUGCAAACACAAACUCCCGGCAAAGCAUUAGAAAGCUGAUUAAGGAUGGUCUCAUAAUUAAGAAACCUGUUGCUGUUCAUUCAAGAGCACGAGUUCGGAAAAAUACUGAGGCUAGACGUAAAGGACGUCAUUGUGGCUUUGGUAAAAGAAAAGGUACAGCAAAUGCUCGUACACCACAAAAGGAUUUAUGGAUUCAAAGGAUGAGAGUUCUUCGUAGACUUUUGAAGAAAUAUCGCGAAACGAAAAAGAUUGACAGACAUCUUUAUCAUUCCCUAUACAUGAAAGCCAAGGGUAAUGUGUUCAAGAAUAAAAGAGUUUUGAUGGAAUUUAUUCACAAAAAGAAGGCUGAAAAAGCGAGAGCAGAUAUGCUUUCGGAACAAGCUGAGGCGCGACGUACUAAAGUUAAAGAAGCGCGUAAACGUAGAGCAGAACGUAUUGCUACAAAGAAACAAGAAUUGUUACAAUCUUACCAACGCGAAGACGAAGCCGCAGCAGCGCAAAAAAAUUACAAGUUAAAAGCUGGAUAUUCCUGUUCGCAUCUGAGAACUCAUACAGUAAUGAUGAAGCAUGAGGAACAUAAUUCUGAAAUCAAGAAAUCAGCAAUUAUACCAUCUAAAAUGACCAAUAAAAAGAAGAACGUAUCUCAAAAAUCAAGGGAGGAAAUAAAAGCAGAGCGUGAAGCAAAGAAAGUUGCAAAAGCUUUGGCCAAAGCAAAAGCUAAGUCCAUUAAGAUAUUAAAUGAUGAUCUGUCAAACAAUAAAUCUGAUCCUUCCAGUAGUAUUAAGGAUACAAAUAGUAAUGAAACAUCAAAAAAUGUAGUCAAUGAAAAUAUUGAAUCUCCUAAUGCAGUAACAGUAGGCAAUGAAACUGCAAACAUGUGUCAAAAAAAUCCAAUAUUGGAGACUGGUAGUGAAGGAAAAAGCAAAGCAGAAUUACGAGCAGAAAGGAGAGCAAAACAAGAAGCACAAAGAGCAGCAAAACAACAAGUUAUGUUAGAAAGAAGUAAAAUUAAAAGUAAGGAAGAGGACAAUAGCAAUAAGUCUGUAGUACAUAAUAUUAAUGUAACAGACAGGGAGAAGAAAGAAACAACACCUAAAAAAAUCAUUCAAAAUAAUAAUACUCAUGAAAUAAAUCUUUUCAAACAUCUGUAUCAUGAAAGAAAACAAGCCAUUGUUGAUGUUCCUUUUGUUAAUUCAAAUAUACAUCCAGCAAUAGUUAGAUUAGGUACACAAUAUGCAAGUAAAGUAAUUGUUGGUAGUAAUGCUAGAUGUGUUGCUUUUUUGGCUGUUGUUAAGCAGCUUAUUCAAGAUUUUAAAAGACCAUCGCAAGCUGACUUUAUUAGAGGUCUUGAAGCAAGUUUACAAGAAUCUGUAGCAUAUUUGCAUCAUUGUAGACCACUAGCUGUUUCAAUGCAGAAUGCAUUGAGACAUUUAAAAUGGCAAAUGACACAGUUGCCUUCUUCAUUGUCUGAUGCAGAUGCUAAAAGUAAAUUAAGUAAUGCAAUAGAUACUUAUAUUCAGGAGCAAAUACAACUUGCUGACAAAGCAAUAUCAAUAACUAUUCAAACUAAAAUAUCUAAUGGAGAUGUUAUCUUAACUUAUGGCUAUUCAUCCUUGAUACAUAAGAUACUAUUAGAUGCACAUACUGCAACUAAACAGUUCCGUGUUAUUGUUGUGGAUGGAAGACCAUGGUUGGAAGGAAAAGAACAGCUUAGACGUUUAGCAAGACAUGGAAUAGAUUGCUCCUACAUUUUAAUUAAUGCUUUAAGUUAUGUAAUGCCUGAAGUGAGCAAAGUAUUUCUCGGUGCUCAUGCAAUAUUAGCAAAUGGUGCAGUAAUGUCACGGGUUGGCACUGCCCAAGUUGCCCUGAUGGCAAGAGCUUUUAAUAUUCCAGUCUUAGUAGCUUGUGAGACUCAUAAAUCUUGUGAACGUGUACAAACAGAUUCUAUUGUCUAUAAUGAAUUAGGAAAUGCAGAUGAGCUUGCACGAAGUUACGGAAAUAACGCGAAAAUAUCAUUAUUGGAAAAAUGGAAAACAAAGAAGUCGUUAAACCUUUUAAAUAUUACAUACGACGUUACCCCAGCUGACUUAGUAACGGCUGUUGUUACAGAAUUAGCCAUUUUACCGUGUACUAGCGUUCCUGUGAUUCUACGCAUUAAACCAUCGGAGAUCUAACUUUAACUAUACCAAAAUGUAUUCCUUAACUACAUCACAUAACGUUUAAA